AUGUCUCUCGUAACCGGCGAGAAGUCGAACUUCCAGUUCAUCAUUCGAUUGCUCAACACCAAUGUUGACGGAAAGCAGAAGGUCAUGUACGCCUUGACCAAAAUAAAGGGUGUUGGUCGGAGAUACAGCAACUUGGUCUGCAAGAAGGCCGAUGUGGAUCUUUCCAAGAGGGCUGGUGAUCUUACCAGCGAAGAGUUGGAGCGCAUUGUCACAAUCAUCCAGAACCCAACCCAGUACAAGAUCCCCGAGUGGUUCCUGAACAGACAGCGCGACAUUGUCGACGGCAAGAACAGCCAGAUCCUUGCCAAUGGUGUGGACUCUAAGCUUCGUGAGGACUUGGAGCGUCUAAAGAAGAUCCGCGCUCACCGCGGCCUACGACACUACUGGGGCCUCCGCGUCCGUGGACAGCACACGAAGACGACUGGCCGUCGCGGUCGGACCGUGGGUGUGUCCAAGAAGAAGGGUUAG